AUGGCAGAUCGAAGACGAGUCAACGGGCCCGGCAGCUCUACCUUGCCGCCAGUCUAUGACGAUGGCGAAUUAAAUGCAGCUUCGCGUCGCCAGCGAGCACCUGAUGCCAUCCGGCCACUCUGUGAGACAAAACCCAUCCCAACCAUAUGCAGCUAUAUGAGCUAUCACGAGAAUUUGGAGACUAAGACUUUACGACUAGAUCUCAAGACAGGGGUAACACCCUCAGCAUCCGGCUCAGCCUAUCUCGAGAUUGAGCCCAGAGAAGGCGAACACGGCUCAGGCAUGAAAUUGACGUGCACCGUCCAUGGACCCAGAUCCCUUCCACGCUCUGCUCCUUUCUCGCCUUACAUGGUGCUCUCAACCCAUGUCAAGUUUGCUCCAUUCGCCACGAAACAGCGCAGAGGCUAUCUUCGUGACUCCAGCGAAAAGGAUCUCAGCACACACCUGGAAACGGCCCUCCGCGGAGCGCUGAUUGCUGACCGGUGGCCCAAGAGUGGCGUCGACAUCGUCGUCACGAUUAUCGAGGGGGAGUCAACUCGGCAAGACGCGGUGGAGCGGCGAGUCGAGGAAUGGGACGUGAUGAACGUGCUGGGCGGGUGUAUUACUGUUGCUUCUGCAGCCAUUGCCGAUGCAGGUAUUGACUGCGUCGACACUGUUUCUGGAGGAGUAGCUGCGCUGGUGGCGAGCAAGGAUGGCAACGAUGCCUCCAUUGUGCUGGACCCUGUUGCGCUGGAGCACGAGUCUGUUAUGGCUGCUUGCUGUGUGGCAUAUCUGCCCAACAGAGAUGAAGUCACAAACCUCUGGUUCAAGGGCCAGCUACCCUUGUCUGCUUCAUACAAUCACCAAUCACUAGUUUCAAGGGCGGUGCAGGCGAGCAGAGGAACACAUGGGUUGAUUUCAGCGUCUUUAAGCGAAGCUAUUGGCAGUACUCAAAACUAA